GGCCCCUUCCCAUUUAUUUUGACCCCGGCGCCUCCUUCCUCCUGUCCGUGCAUCUGCGACUUCUGGUUGCCGGUGCUGAUUUGCUGAACGUCGACGUCCUACCCCGGUGACCUCCCUCACCCGCGCCGAUCUCCCUCCCCGUCGGCGUACUCCUACAACGGAGGGGCUCGCCCUCCCUUGCCAAGGUUGUGCCUCCCAGAUAACUUAUCUCUUGCUCAUUGAACUGUUUUGUGCUUGGAAUGUCAGCACCCAAGCCCAUUUAUCAGCUUAUUUCCCAUGUCAUUCUUGAUCUGGAUGGCACCCUUUUAAACACAGGUUCCAUUGUAAAUAAGGUGGUAAAAACAUUUCUUGCCAAAAAUGGGAAAACGUGGGAUAGCAAGAAAGCUCACAAGCUAGUUGGGAAGACACCUUAUGAAGCUGCAGCUGUUGUUUUAGAAGACUAUGGACUCCCUUACUCUUCAGAAGAGUUCCUCUCAUUGAUUACUCCAAUGCUCAGUGAACAGUGGUGCAACAUAAAACCUCUUCCAGGAGCUAAUCGGCUGAUAAAACAUUUAAGGAGUAAUGGGGUGCCUACUGCUUUAGCUUCAAACUCACCAAGAUCUGACAUUUUUGCCAAAAUUUCACAUCAAGGAUGGAAGGAGUCUUUCUCUGCAAUUGUUGGUGGAGACGAAGUAGAGAAGGGGAAGCCGUCCCCAGAUAUAUUUUUGGAAGCUGCAAAAAGAAUGAACGCCACUCCUUCAAAUUGCCUAGUAAUCGAGGAUUCCUUGCCAGGUGUUGCGGCUGGAAAAGCUGCAGGAAUGCAUGUCAUAGCUGUACCUUCAGUACCCAAAAAGACUGUUGAGUUUAGUUCAGCUGAUGAGGUGAUCGAUUCCCUCCUUGAAUUAAGGCCUGAGAAGUGGGGUUUGCCACCAUUUAAUGAUUGGAUUGAAGGUACAUUACCAAUAGAACCAUGGUUUAUCGGUGGACCUGUGAUCAAAGGAUUUGGCCGUGGUUCUAAAGUACUAGGAAUACCAACAGCCAAUUUACCCGCAGAGAAUUUUGCUGAUGUAGUGUCAGAGCAUACGUCUGGGGUAUACUUUGGCUGGGCUGGACUUUCAACACGUGGUAUAUAUAAGAUGGUUAUGAGCAUUGGCUGGAACCCAUAUUUCGACAACACAGAAAAGACAGUGGAACCUUGGUUGCUUCAUAAUUUUGGUGAGGAUUUCUAUGGUGAGGAGUUGCGCCUUGCCAUUGUUGGCUACAUCAGACCCGAGGCCAACUUUCCUUCGCUCGAGAGUUUGAUAGAGAGGAUUCACGAGGAUGGAAAAAUAGCAGAGAAGGCACUGGACUUGCCAAUAUAUGCCAGGUACAAAGACUCGCCGUAUCUGAGAAAUCCUUUGCAGCAAGGAAGUGCUAGUGAUGGCAGCCAGGCUGAGCAAAAUUCCAAGUGAGGACCCCUGCAGGAGGCCAAGAACACACUAACUUGGUCAUAGAAGAAAGCGAAACGUGUUGUCUUUCACAAUGUAGAUACAAUUACGGAAUUACCCGCAAGCGCCUCUCAUGCGACGAACGUAUAGAGGGAAAAUACAUUGGAUGUUGAUGCAGAAACGAUUGGAACCUUGUUGUGCUUAAUUGAAGCUAGGACUAUAUGGGCUGUUCCUCAAAGAUGGGUUUUAAUAGUUGAUUGAUACCCUUCUGAAGAAAAAGGUGGGUGUUGAAAGUUGAAUACUGAUUACCGAAUUGAUGCAUCCGAGUGUGGAAAGAUAUCAGCUAUAUAGUUCUUUUUACGAGAAGAAUUUUGGAAGUAGCGAUACACGUCGAUUCGAGUCUUAUGUAUUUGUCACUUUUAGUUUCACACACAAACGAUCAGAGGGAUAACUCUGCUUUCUUAUGUUUCUUCCCGUAUGAUUAAAAAUAUAUUGUUUUUUAUUUAUGUAUAUAUAAAAAGGGUUCUGUGAGUCA